UUACUAAGCUCAGUUGGUGUCGGCAGGGCGAUCAGACUAUAGCACAACUUAUCAGCUUCCAUAGAAAUCAGAAAUGUAUUAUGCAAGUGCCUUUAUAGCCCUUGUGGCUAUUGCAUCGCUGUUCAUAUCUACGGGAGUAUCAGAGACGAUAACCUCCGUUCAAGUGCAGCAGGAGUUUAAGGCUUCGGCGGACAUACUAGCUUCUGUUGAUAAACUUUUGCUCGACUUGGAGGCCCGCCGGCAAUCACUGCAGCAGACGAGAGAGGCAAUCACACAGGGCGAUGAGGGCAUCUACCCCACCUCUUGCCUGAUUAGAAACAAUCACAACUCGAGUGUUAUAGUUCAGGUGCCCGGACACCCGGCUUUCGCGGCGCUCUGCGACUCUGAGUUGGCCGGUCAAGGCUGGUUGGUCAUUCAGAGGCGACGCGACGGUCUGGUCAACUUCUACCGGGACUGGAGUGAUUACAAGGCGGGAUUCGGCAGCCUCAACGGAGACUUUUUUAUUGGUCUGGAAAAACUGCAUUUGCUGACGGCAUACCAGCCUUUCGAGCUGUACGUUCAUAUAGAAAACCAGGGCGGAGUGUCUAAGUUUGCCAAAUAUGAGGAGUUCUCCAUUGGCAACGAGUCGGAAAGCUAUCACCUGAAGGUCCUGGGCAGUUACACCGGCACCGCCGGCGACUCGCUAAUUUACCACAAGGGCCAGGCCUUCUCCACAUUCGAUCGGGAUAACGAUGCCAGCAGGGAAAAACAUUGCGCCCAGUACCAUUUGGGGGCUUGGUGGUACAAGUCUUGUUUUGAAAGCAAUCUAAAUGCUCAAUAUUUUGACUUCAAAGAUGGAGACGUAACUCUCGUAAUCCCCUCGGAUCAUUCACGGUACAUGGACUGGGCCGGAUUGGGUUCGAUUUCAAAUCGUAAUCUAAAGUUUGUUCAAAUGAUGAUUCGUCCGAGGUUCGGAUGCCUUUAAAUUUAUAUUAAUGUCUAAAGAACAGGUGCAUCCGAAUAAAAAAGAGUAAUAUUACUCAAUAGUUUUCUAUUCGAAUUAUUCAAUAUUCUUUAAUUCGAAUAAAGGAGUAUUUCUUAUUAUGAA